AUGUUGGUUGAUGCUAUCAGCAGAUCAACCUCUCAAGUGUCUAAUUAAGUUAUUCCUACUUAAGCAUGCUCAUCUAGAAAUUAAUUAUUUCCUACAUGUCUUGUUUAGAUGAUUGAUAUUAAGCUAAUUGAGUUAGACUACUUGAAAAUAAUUGAUAAGAUAGAAAUCAAAAUUUACUACAAAAUGGUGCUGAAGCAAAAUGAAGCUGAAUCUAGAAUAGUUAAUGCUUGGCAAUAUCUUAAUAUAUGGUUAAUAACCCAUCUAAAAUUAUAGGAAAAAAAAAAAUCAGUUCAAUUCAAUUCAAGUAAACUCAUUGUGUAGGAGCCCUUGAAUUAAAUUUGA